CCAGUACCCGGCAAGCUAACGAUUGAAAAAUGGUGGUCCAAAUAUUACUCUAGAGGUUAAUAGAAAGCGGAACCAAAAACUCCACAACUCGAACGGCUCACAAUCAGGAUACUCAAGUACUAGCUAGAGAAAGAGAUUCGAUUCGAUUCAAAUAGGGUCAAAUCAUUUCAUUCAACACCAUGUUGACCGCUAGUGCCAUCUGCCGUUCCCGCAUCAUCACCUUGAUACCAUCUACCACUGCUGCUACCAGCAGGGCCCUGUCAACUUCUGCUGUUGGAAGAGCUGUUGGAAGUAUCGCCGCUCCCCCUCUGAUUGCUGAUAACGAUGACAUAACUCAUGCGAAGAAAGUAACAGAUUGCUAUUCAUACUACGAAGACAUGUCUGACUUUGUUGGGAUCUCUGAUUACACUGACGGUAUCUACAACGGUAAACGAGAUACCGUGUACGAAGAAGCUCAGGUGAAUCAGACAAACUACCUCCUCGACCAGGCAGAGAUUGGGCCAGGUGCACGCUUAUUGGAUGUGGGAUGUGGUCGUGGAAGGCUUCUUCAAGCAGCCAAGGAUAGAGGCGCGGAAGUCAUGGGGAUCACCAUUAGCCCGGAACAGAAGGAGUACUGCCGCCGCAAAGGAUUGGAUGUCAGACUUCAAGAUUACCGUGCACUGGAGCAUAAGCAGGAGUGGCAUGGCCAAUUCGAUGCCGUCAUUGCGAAUGGGUCGAUGGAACACUUCGUCUCCACCAAGGAUGGCCUUGCUCGCCGAGCUGGAGAUAUUUACGAAAACACUUUUGGCAUUUACCACAAGCUCAUCAAUCCCAGUGCAGAAUCUCGCCGAGUGGUGACGACCGUCAUUCAUCAUCGCCCUCGAAACGGGAAACGAAUGAACUUGAGCUUGAGUGAUAAAAUCAUGUUCGGAUUGCUUGCCGAAGCCUAUGGCGGGUGGUACCCCUUGGAUGGCCAACUUGAAAAAUCCGCAGACGGUAAGUUCCGAUCCAUCGAAAAAGUCGAUGGAACAGAAGAUUACUUGUGGACCUCGAUUGAUGCAUUUGCUGUGAUGCGUCAAAAGCGAAGUGACAACCCCGUUGGAUACAUGCGGAACCUUGCCGCCACAGGAAUUCGUGCUCCUCUCUUCGCAGCCAACCCUUGGAUGUCGACGUGGCAGUUCCGAGGAAGUGAUUCCAACCCCCCACCCACAGUUUUGUAUCGCCACACAUGGGAGUACCAGGAUGCUUGAGUAAUACUGUGCAUGUAGGAAGGAGGAUAAUCAGAAACCAAAUCGACAUAAUAAUAUAGUGCCA